CAAAUCCCGGAACGUCGCGUGGUAAUGUAUGUGUGAAAUAAAUGGCCAGCGAGAACAUUUUUGAAGAUGUAUAACCAUCCCUAUAAUAUGCCAUAUUGGCCACCCGUCUUUCCGUGGAACUUUGCUCCACCGAGACAAAACCAGGUUCACUUAAGUAAGAUCCAGAAACCCAAAAAAUGCAUUGUAGGUGGAAAGGAAUAUACAACCCUUGAAGAGUUAUAUGCUGAUCCAGAAAGAAAGGACCCACUUAUUGGCAUGAAAUAUGCUGUCCAUGUAGAAGACCAUACGCGAAGUCUCAUCAGGUGCACGUUGUGUGAUGUGGAAGCUGAUAUUCCAGGAAUUGCUCCACACUUUCUUGGUUUUAAGCACAGGAAACGUUAUAUAAGCCAGGCGUAUCCAGAGAUGCUAAAGCCCUCAAAACAACCCACAGAAAAGCUUUCAAAAUGGGAAGCAAUGAAAAUGUUGGCCAGAAAAGUUGAGAGUAUGGAAGGCAUAAAAGAAAUAAAGAUACCACAUGCGCGUGAAUCUGGCCCGCAGCCAUCAAAAGAUGGUGGAUCAAAGGAAACAUCUGUUUCAUGUGCCACAAAUGUACCCUCUGUAAAAGCAUCCUCGGAUCUGAUUAAAAAUGAUGAAAAGUCAAAGGAUGAAAAGAUGGUAUCAUGUAACCUGGAGGUACCAUCUGUAACAGCAUCCAAGGAUCUACCCACAAUUGAUGGAAAGUCAAAGGAUGAAAUGAAAGUAUCUUGCAAUAUGAAAGUAAGUACCAUCUUAUUUUUUUACCUUUGACUCUUUUCAGGCUGUGUUUGAAUGAGAGUUGUAAUAUUGUUUGGUAGCCUUAUGCUCCCCAAAACUGCAAAAUACCAGUUAGAGAAAAUUGUCUUGUGUAUAUUAAGCUUCCUUCCGGUAAAUUGGAUAUAAGACAUUAUGUAAUUUAUAUGCUGACCAAAAAUCAAUACAUUUAGUAGCUGUAUAACAAAGGAUGCUAAUAUAUAAUUAAAAUGACCUUGUUAUGUGGAAUGGAUACUCCAUAGAAUGCAGAUAUCCGUGGUAACU